GGGCAUGUCUGGGAGCUUCAUCUGGAAUCACAACACGAGAGGCUAGCUGCUCCAUCAAAGGGGAACUGUGAUCUUGAGGCUGCUGAUCAUGGGUUUGACCAAGCAGUACCUGCGUUAUGUACCCAGUGCUGUGUUUGGAGUGAUUGGUAGUCAGAAGGCCAACAUAGCCUAUGUGACUCAACGUGGAGGAGAGAAGGGGCGGUAUGUUGCUGUAGGCGCAUGUGAACAUGUUUUCAUUUGGGAUGUCCGAAAAGGAGAAAAAGUUCUGAUUUUACAAGGACAAAAGCAUGAGGUAACUUUCCUUUGCCCGUCUCCUGAUGGUGUCCAUAUCGCCGUGGGGUACGAAGACGGGGCUGUGAGGAUUUUCAGUUUGUUGAAUGGAGAGAGUAAUGUCUCUUUCAAUGGACACAAGUCGGCUGUCACAGUCAUACAUUAUGACACACUGGGAGCACGGCUAGUCACUGGCUCCAAGGACACAGAUGUGAUUGUUUGGGACAUCAUUAAUGAGUGUGGCUUAUACAGACUGAAAGGACACAAAGAUGUCAUCACUCAGGCUUUGUUACUUAAGAAGAAUCUCCUUGUCACCAGCUCUAAGGACAGCUUUGUUAAAUGGUGGGACUUGGAUACGCAACAUUGCUUCAAAACCAUGGUUGGACAUCGCAGUGAGGUGUGGAGCAUGGUGCUGCUCAAUCACCAGAGCCGACUGCUGACGGGUUCAGCUGACAGUGAACUGCGAGCCUGGGACAUCAGCUACCUGCAGGAGGAAAGAGCAGAGGGGGAGCCUGAAUUGAAGAGGGGAAAAACUCUGGUAAAGGUGGAGGAGCAUGAAGAGAGAGAUGAAGAACUGGAUGAGAAUCCUGAAGAGCGCAUUUUGAGUUGCAAGAAGGCGGGCUCCAUCCUGAGAGAAGCCAGAGACCGUGUUGUGUCCAUGACAACAGACAACAGGGCCAGAGUCAUCGCCUGCCAUGGCAAUGAUGCGGUCCUGGAGCUCUUCACUGUGCUCUCACAAGAGGAAAUACAAAAAAAAAUGUCAAAGAAGUUCAAAAAGGCCAAAAAGAAAGCAGCCAAGGCUCAGGAAGAUGUAGCUGAGGAGGUCGCAGAGCCAGUGGUGGAGCAGUUACUGAAGGAUGAAAUUAUAAGACUCACCAACCUCAAGGCCUCAUCCAAGAUCAGGUGGGUGGAUUGCCUGUCUUGUGCUGGUGGUGAGCUGAAGGUGGCGCUGCUGCUACAAAACAACACCAUUGAGACAUACAGCCUGAAGACGACAGACAAAAUCCCCACAGCCAAUAAGACGGCCCGGCUCACUCUGGGGGGCCACCGCACUGAUGUCCGCACACUGGCCUUCAGCUCUGACAACCUGGCCUUCCUUUCUGCAUCCGGGGACACUGUGAAAGUGUGGAACAGGUCGACUCUACAGGUCAUACGGACUAUGGCCUGUGAAUACGCACUGUGCUCGCUGUUUGUACCUGGAGACAGACAGAUUAUAUUGGGAACAAAGAGUGGAAAAUUACAGAUCUUUGAGUUAGCUUCGGGAAGUCUUCUAGAAACUGUAGAUGCUCAUGAAGGAGCCUUGUGGUCUAUUUGUUUAGCCCCUGAUCAGAGAGGUAUUGUAACAGGAGGCGCUGACAAGACGGUAAAGUUUUGGGAUUUUGAACUGAUCAAGGACGAGGGGACAAUGCAGAAAAGGCUGACAUUGAAACACUCUCGCACUCUGCAGCUGGAGGAGGACGUCCUGUGUGUUAAGUUUUCUCCAGAUCACAGACUUUUGGCUGUUUCUCUGUUGGACUGUACCGUCAAGGUCUUCUACACAGACACUCUCAAGUUCUUCCUCUCUCUUUAUGGUCACAAGCUUCCUGUUUUGUGUCUGGACAUUUCCCAUGACAGUACACUCAUCGCCACAGGUUCUGCUGAUAGAAAUGUCAAGAUUUGGGGUUUAGAUUUUGGAGACUGUCAUCGCUCCAUGUUUGCUCAUGACGACAGUGUCAUGUUCCUCCAGUUUGUCCCAAAGACUCAUCUUUUCUUCACAGCAGGAAAAGAUAAGAAAAUCAAACAAUGGGAUGCAGACAAGUUUGAGCACAUUCAGACAUUAGAGGGGCACCAUAGAGAGGCGUGGUGUCUAGCCAUCAGCCCAAACGGUGACCAUAUUGUAUCGUCCUCUCAUGACAAAUCCCUGCGACUCUGGGAGAGGACGAGGGAGCCGAUCAUUCUGGAGGAGGAGAGAGAAAUGGAACGAGAGGCAGAGAUAGAGGAGAGCAUGGGCAAAGAAGAUGCUCCUGUGGUACCAGGAGAGACACCAGGAGAAGCAGCACCAGCUGGAAAGAAGACUGUAGAGACUGUGAAAGCUGCCGAAAGAAUUAUGGAGGCUUUAGAGCUUUACAGAGAAGAAAUGAGGAAGAUGGAAGACCAUAAGUUUGCCUGUGAACAUGCUGGCAAAGAGCUCCCUCCACCUAAUCCCAACAUGAUUCUUGUGGCAUUUGGAAACAUUUCACCUGCUCAGUAUGUGUUGGAAGUCAUUAAGAAAGUUAGAUCAAGUGAACUGGAGAUCUCUCUGCUCGUACUUCCAUUCCCGUAUGUCCCAGAUCUGCUGAAGCUGUUUAACGGUUACAUCCAGCAGGGCCUGGAGGUGGAGCUUGUCUGCCGCUGCCUUUUCUUCCUCCUAAAAAUACAUUUUGGACGGAUCUCCAGUAACCAGAUGUUGUUGUCUGUCAUUGACGAGUUACGGACCAAUACGCUUUCUAAAGUUCAGGAAAUAAGAGACGUGAUGGGCUUCAACCAUGCAGCGCUUCUGUUUCUUCAGAGAGAAAUUGAGAGUAAAGAGGACGUGAUGUUUUUUGCUGAUGCCACCGGUCGACUUGAGGGGAAGAAGAAGAGGAGGCGAAAGAGGGAAAGAGCCAUACUCACAAUCGCUUGAAUAAAAACUGGACUUUUCAACUUAAUUCCAGGAGGCCAAGUCUUGGUGGUUUUUAUAAGCUUUGACAUCACUGUAAUUCAUGCUUCAUUUCUCAAAUAAACUGCGUCAGACUUUUCACACAGU